AUGAAAUUUCUUAUUCAGCAGCCCCUUGAGGAUCAAGGUGGUAAUGAAGAAAAAAGGAAGGAUACACCAGAUUCAGAUGGUGAGGGUGGAGAGGGGGUAGGUCCGUCAGAUGCAAGCGGUGCGGUUGGAGAAGGUCUGUCUGAUGAAGGUCUGUCUGAUGCUGGUGGUGAGGGUGGAGAAGGUCUGUCUGAUGCUGGUGGUGAGGGUGGAGAAGGUCUGUCUGAUGCUGGUGGUGAGGUUGGAGAAGGUCUGUCUGAUGCUGGUGGUGAGGUUGGAGAAGGUCUGUCUGAUGCUGGUGGUGAGGGUGGAGAAGGUCUGUCUGAUGCUGGUGGUGAGGGUGGAGAAGGUCUGUCUGAUACUGGUGGUGAGGGUGGAGAAGGUCUGUCUGAUACUGGUGGUGAGGGUGGAGAAGGUCUGUCUGAUACUGGUGGUGAGGGUGGAGAAGAUCUGUCUGAUACUGGUGGUGUAGAUGGAGGAGAUCCGUUUGAUGUAGGUGGUGCGGUUGGAGAAGACAAUCCGUCUGAUGCAGGUGGUGCGGUUGCAGAUGGGAGAAUUGUAUCAGUAAAUGUCGAAUCCACGUUUUGUCUACGACUUAAUGCAAUCCCUAUCAUAAAAAUAUAA